GUUUGUAUUAUGGAAAUGUUCCUAUUCCUCAUUAUGACAUCAAUAUCGAUAAUGUGGUUGAUGGAUCAUCGUAGUAGUGCUCAAAACGAGGGAAGGAAAUGGGAUCCCUAUAGGUCCCAAUGGGACCUAGAGGAGGAGAACAUUGAACCAGCAAUAUACAAUCAAUCGACUCAAUACUCAAUGUUAGUGUUGGAGAGUGAAAUGAAUCCAUUCCAAAGAAUACCCGAAAGAUAUCGCAACUUUUUGAAUUGGGACAACCAAGUGCAUAAUUAUCAACGCAUCAAAAGACACUGGGAUCCUGCCCACAAUGAGAGCCUCGACUAUCGGGAAAACCUAAGUGCAUUUCCCAGCAUGCGGAGCAAAAGGAAAGGAAAAGUUGAAAAGGUGAAGUAUCCUCUAAAACCGCACAUAGAGUACAACCGUCGUCCGAUGUAUGGAGAACUUUAUCACAUUAUCGUCACAUUGCCCUCGCUUGGCCGUGAGAAAUUUGUAAUGAACCUCACGGUCAAUACGGGGGACUAUCUGAUCGAUGAGGUAAUCGCUGAGCCCUGGGGUAAGCCAAAUCCCUGGCAUUACACCACCAGAUUGCCAUCGAUAUUGCAAAUGUAUGGCAUUCGUGUGGGCAAACUCCCGUACAGACGUUGCUACUUCUAUCACACGCACGCCAGUUACUUCAAUUCUCUACACCGAUAUGUGUACAUCACGAUAACAUCCUUCAAGGAUCGCAGCAAACUACUGGCUCGGAAGGCCAGACGUGACAUUACCAUAGUGCUGCCGCGACACAUGCACUGUGACCCGUUUUUGAAUCUACCCUUCUGCAAGGAUCCCAAUUUUCCCGUAGAUGUCUCACCCCGCUCUCAUUUGCAAUUCUUUGCCGAGCUGGGAGACGAUUGCAAGGAGUUUGAAUACGAUCAUAUUGAUUGGAACUUUUACGAUAUAAGCGAGAGACAUCUGAUUGGACACGCCGGUGUUAGCAAGGGUCUGGUGCUCAAGAUACCACCAUAUAAGGUCAAGUUCAAAUAUACUGUAAGCAUGGGACGCUAUAGUUUUCUUUUGCGUGCAAAUGCACUAAUAAAUGGCGUCAAUUGUGUGGCAAGGUGUUACGUGAGAAUGGUGGCAGUUCAUGUGGAACCGAGAAUCCAGGGUAACAUUUAUCGACGUGUCAAUGCAGCGCGUGAGAUUAUUUUGGAUGGAGAGAGAAGUCGAGACAGAUCGCGGGCACGCAAAGAUGAUUAUUCAAGGAUAUUCAGUUGGGGCUGUUUUAGCAGAGGUGAUCCCAAAAAUAAGUACUGCAGGGAUAAAAUGAGUACUAAGUCAGUGAUGAAAAUACCAGCGAACUCCUUACAGCCUGGGAAAUUCUACAACUACAGUUUAACAUUGUUUUCGCGAAUAGAUGCCCGUGUGAAUGCCACGGACUAUCAAAUGCUGGAGGUGGUCAACGAACGUACAAUCACGCCGCACAUACGUUGCCGUAGGAAUUGCUAUUUGGAUGUCUUUGCGCCCAUCGAUAGCAUCCACUUGAUGGCUGAAUGUUUUGAUUGCGAUGCCAAGAUUUUUAGCUACAAGUGGUAUGUUCAUACAGAUAAAUCGCAUUCAAUGGAGUCCCCAUAUUCGUAUCUCGUUUAUCGAUCCAACGAUGCGGAGCUGCAGAUUCGACUAGAGAUCAUGCUCGUUGAUGGGAUGUCGGGGGAGGCGCAUCUAAAAUUGAGACGCAACGAUGGCCCACAGAAUGGCGAGUGUAUAAUAUGGCCAAAUAAAGGAUUGGAGGCCUACACAUCCUUUUACGUGGGCUGCACCGACUUCCGUACGAACUAUCCUCCCCUACAGUUUAGAUAUUCAAUCAGACUGGGUGUUAUCGACUCGAAUGUGCCCUACAGCCUGUUCAAAACAACACUACCGGCUACCAAAAAGCUAUAUGUAUCGAUAUGCGAUUACCUGGAUAUGUGCGUGGACGUUACACUCAUGGUCAAAGUGCUUAAAACCGAUAAAAUCGGGAUAAUAAACGUAAACAAUACGCUCAGACACCUACUUAACAUAAGGGACUACAUCAGCAAGAUGCCAUACAUGCUGAAGCAUGGCAGAUGGAACAAGGCCUAUGUCAUAGCACUGGUGGCCGCUCAGAGGAUUCAUUCCGCCAGCGAAGGCAGAGAGAUCUUUGCCCACCUCAAUAGGGAGGCCAUCAUGACGGGCACACAGAUCGAACAGCUCUCCGUAUUGGCCGCUCAACUGAUGAGGCGUUUGUCGCCCAUGGACUAUCGUGGCGCGGCACUGAUUUCGAAAAUAUUCACCCGCAUGAGCCUGGCGUUCGAGGAGAUAAUUGAGCAACUGGAAUGGCUGCAUCGUGCGGCGUACAACUCGCUUACCGAUCAGCACAUGUUCUUCCUGUACACGCUGGCCUCGCGAACGGAGAUUCAUGCACCGGCACAGUGCAAGACAUACGAUGAUAAUUGCAACAUGGGACAGAAUGUGGGGCUGGAGGAGAACCUGGAGAUGGAGGUGGAUCCGAUCACCCUGUUGCGCAUCAAUUGGUGGCUAAAGGUCACAUGGUAUCUGUACAAGUGCAUCUAUUACCUGGGUGUGCUCGGCACCAGUCGACACCAUGCCUACGAUGAGGCGAUGACAGUGCUCCAGGGCGGCAUAGCCUAUCAGAUGAAUGUCACGGAGAUAUCGCAUUCCGUCGUCAAUUUAACUGUCGAUACCAUCGAUGGCAUACACCAUGUUCAGAUCUCGACGGCACUCAUGGAGGAACUGGACGACCUACUUCGUGGUCGCACCAUUCUCUUUCAGAUCAUAUCGCAACAGAAUGUUCACAACAUGUACUGGUGGUAUCCGGAACCGUUGCCCUCCGAGACGAAUGUGCUCAUUGUUCAUGCCUACAGCCCUCUGUAUAAUUAUCCCAUGGGCUCCCGCUUGCCGCUCAAACAUCCGUUGGUUUACUACAUGAACAUUUCCGACUUCAGUGCGAAUCCAGAGUUCGUCAAAUGGAUGGCGAAUAGCACCAUUCAGAGUGCCUCGCACAUACACUACUAUACGAUUCCAUUGAGAUCGCGAAGUGUGCUGGCUGUGCGCAUUGUUCGUGUCACAGAUCCCAUACGUAUUUCCAUGAGUUUGAAUGAGAAGCCAAAGCUGCACGAAAUCAGGGAAAAGGCUUGUCUCGUAACACCCGACAUGAAGGGUAAACGCAUUUGGAUGACCAAUAAUUGCCCAGAUAAAGCCAUCGCCUAUGUGGGUGUACUAAGUGAUAAGUAUAAGCUCAAAGAUGAAGAGCAUACACAUGAAGAUGGGUCGAGAAAACUUCAGCUAAAGCAUAUAGUUAAGACAUUUUUAAAUUACUCGGUUCUUCUAGAGACAUAUCAGUGUAACUCUUGGGCGAAUCGCUCGUUGAACCCGGGUUGGAGCACAGAUCAUUGCACCACAAAAUUGGACAAUGAGAAUGGAAUGUUUGUGAAAUGCACCUGCGAUAUCCUGGGACCGCUAGCAUCGCGCAUAUUUCCCGUUGUCGCGGAACGAUACAUUACGGUGAUGGUCCUGCCUAUACUGGAGACGAAUUGGUAUAUGUUUACCAUGUUCCUGAUGCUGUUCCUACUGCUGAUGGCUGUACUGCUGUCGUAUAUUGGUCGGAUGGCCGCCCAUCAGCAUCGGCAUGUGCAGGAGUGUAGGCACAAGUCGGUGCGCUUCAAGGAGGACAUGACAUUUGAUUCGGAAAAGGAUUUGCUUGUGCUGGUGAGGACGGGUGGCCAGGAGUUCGCCGGAACGACAUCCAAUAUCAAGUUAUACUUCAAGUCGAGAGUGGGCAAACAGUCCUCGUAUAUCAUAUCACAGGAUCCGGCCCGUCCGCGUCUCGUACGGAAUAGUAUCAAUAAAAUCACAUUGCCUGCCGGCACCGUUAAAAUACCCACCCGCCUGGCCUUUGGCAUCGAACGGAAUGGACGGUAUCCGCGUUGGUAUUGCCGGACGGUGACUAUUAUCGAUUUGAAUAGCGACAUGGAGCAGCUAUUUAUCGUCGAGCGAUGGAUCGAGGAUGGACACACGCCCUUUAUUCGCUCCCCCUACUUCACUCGGUCCGCCAAUGAAAGGCCCGUGCUGUCGUGGACGCGGCGUUUCCGCAACAGCUUCGAGCAGCGUUUCCUCAAUUGGUUUCUGGUGAGCCCCAUGACGGGGCCCUGGUUGAGCCGCAAUACCCUCUAUACGAUGACACGAUUUGAGCGCUCCUGCGUUUGGAUUUGCAAUGUCAGUCUAACGAUUCUCUUGGUCAGCCUCUACUUUGGACCCUCGCCGUUUGAGGCGGUGCCCGAGGAGGUCCUCAAAGAGGAAAAGAGGACAACCGUCAAAAUCCAUGAAGUGGUUGCUCUCGGCGUUUAUUCCGGGGUUAUUGGCAUCUGUGUACUUUUAUUCUUUGAAUUUGUGAUCAUGCGCUUGCUCUGGCGUCGUCAUUGAAAAUUAAAAGAAUGC